AUGCACAAUUUCAAUCGACCAGAGACUGCGAUCCUCAAACGACAACAUCGCCCCAGUGACCCCACGUAUAAUGGUAGCUAUGCUAGAGACCCAACGAAUUCUGCCAAACGAGAGCUAGAUUUGGAGAAGCACGUCGAGUAUCUUCAAACACUUAAAAUACAGCUAAAGCAUGACUACAUGGCCACAUGGAAAAGUAUAAGAACGAUUGGGAGCACUUCUCUGUUUCUCUUUGAGCCUAGCUACGAUCGCUUCAUUGACUGUAGUAGCUCUUCUACACUGCUCUACUCAGGCAAUGCAGGAGCAGGAAAGUCAGUCAUACUUGCCAAUAUGGUCGAUAAUGUGGAUCGGAGACAGCUUGAAAACGCUCAAAUUGUCUUUUUCUUUUACCUACAGGAUGAAGUUAAUUCCCUACAGGCUCUAGUUAUUCUUGGCGCCAUAUAUCACCAAGUACUAAAACGCUUAGUGCUCACAUCACGUGCCUCACACGUAUCAAAAGGUCUCGGAGUCUUGUCCACCAUUCUAGAUAUUACUGUGGAUAUAGCGUCCGACUUACGGAUUGCUCUAGAAGCAGCCGGCAUGACAUACUUAGUCCUUGAUGGGCUUAAUAAGUGUCAAGAGUCUGAGCGAACCAAGGUGAUUGGGGUACUGCAAUGUCUUCAAACCCAAUGCUCUCUAUCAAUAUGUCUCUCAACAAGACCAGGAGUCCUGACUGGCAUUGGAUGGACCAACCUUCACUCUAUCGAUAUUCCGACUGACAACCCCGAUGUCUCAUCUUAUAUUGACUCGGAAACAUCUCGACUUCUGAACCAUGGGGAGUUGACGAUCGCAGACCCUACUCUGGAGCUUCAAAUUAGAUCUGCGUUGACCACAGCUGCAAAGGGGAACUUUGUACGGGCUAAGAGAAGUAUAGAGUUGCUAUGUGCGCACAAAACGGAUUCCGAUAUAGUUCGACUCCUGGCCGACUUUCGAGAAGACUUCAAUGAUAUCGAUACUGAGGCUAUGCAAAGCAAAUCACCAACAUCACCUGCGCCAAUUGCGCCUUCAGGUUUUACGGACUCGGCAUAUGCGUCUGCAUCGCUAAUGGAUCACAUCAACAAGAACACGAAUGAUGGCCCAGCUGUUGAUCAGUCGUUACAAGGCCUAGAUCACCCUACCAUUGACGACUCUGCCACUGAAUACUCCGAUGUCUCAAGUACCACGUUCUCCAGAAAGCAGCUGUACAUACAGGAGCUGGCUAAAGACCUAUACAAUAAAAUGAGCUUUCAAGCUGUUGAUUCGGGUCAAGAUCAUCGAGUUAGUAUAUCCGCUACGCUACCACGCCUGCUCAAGGUUUUCGCUUUGAAGAUUGGGUACUGCGCAACUACUCAAAUGCAUCAGGAUGUGAUGGCUUUUGUUCAUAGGCACAGAAGUGGGAUUACCGAAGCCUUUCUAGACAUAUAUCUUAGCCAGAGAGAAAUGGAGCCUCAGGAGAUCGCAUGCCCUACCCCCGUUGAGGUUGAGCCAAUGGACGUCAUCUACCCUAGCCAGGCGGAGGUUGAGCUGAGAGAAAUCCAAGGUCAGCCUCACGGUAUGAGUCCGAAUGAGGUUAUGGCUCUCUGGGAGCAAAGCGAAGAUAGGGAGCAAACUUUGAUUGUAGAGGGCCUGGACAACCUUGAGUUACUGGAGACGGAGGAAGAGGAUGAAUAUGAAGAGGCUGACAUCUGGGUUGCGGCGUAUCGAGACUUCGCCCCCGGUACCGAAGCUUACUCCUGGUUAAUGACCCAGCUCCAAAGGAAUAUGAAUUCUGUUCUGGAAGAACCAACGGCCAUUCAACUAAUCCGAGAUCAGGUAUUAUCUUCAGUCCCAUCCCCUCAGAAGAUCAGCAGAAGCGUAUCCUCUGAGAGUUGUAGCGUGCUAUUCAACCUGGACUGGGAUAUUCUUGAGUUCUUUGACUCGCAAGAGUACUUCGGACGAGGUACUUACAGCAGUGAUUACUCUGACUGGAUCUCCUUCCGAUGCACAAGCUUCAAACUGUGCCGCUUGCCAGAUAAUACAAGACUAGGGGUCUGGAUAAACGGGUCGAAUGUCAUGGUGCAGGCAAAUGGGUCCGCAGCUAGAGACUGGAGAGCAGCUUGCCUGGCUGAGAGCUGCUUUGAGAAGUUUGCCACAUCUAAAAGGACUGGCCUACUGCACUCCCUCUAUCAGAUCCAUGAAUCGGAAUCUGGAAAUGCCACAAGCUGUGGUCUGUGUAAUCGGUUUCGAGCUAGAGCAGCUCUUGGAACCACCAGAUAA